AUGCAUAUAAUCCCAGCACUUUGGGAGGCCGAGGUGGGUAGAUCACCUGUCAGUUCGAGACCAGCCUGGCCAACAUGGUGAAACCCCCUGUCUACAAAAAAUACACAAAUUAGCCAGGCGUGGUGACGUGAGCCUGUAGUCCCAACUAUACCAGAGGCUGAGGCUGGAGGAUAGCUUGAGCCCAGGAGUUCGAGGCCAGGAGUUCGAGGCUGCAGUGAGCCAUGAUCAUGCCAUUGCAUUCCAGCCUGGGCGACAGUAAGACCUUGUCUCAGGCUGGGCGAGGUGGCUCACACCUGUAAUCCCAGCACUUUGGGAGGCCGAGGCGGGCGGAUUGCCUGAAGUCAGGAGUUCGAGACCAGUCUGGCCAACAUGGUGAAACACCAUCUCAACUAAAAAUACAAAAAAAUUAGCCGGGCGUGGUGGUGUGCGCCUGUAAUUCCAGCUACUCGGGAGGUUGAGGCAGGAGAAUAGCUUGAACCUGGGAGGCGGAGGUUGCAGUGAGCCGAGAUCACACCACUGCCCUCCAGCCUGGGCGACAGAGCGAGACUCCGUCUCAAAAAAACAAAAAACAAGAAAAAACCUUGUCUCAAAAAACAACACAAAAACACAAAUUUCCUUCUGAAAGGGAUUGUUCCAGUUUGCAGUGUGCCCAGCUAUUUAUGACCAUAUUAUUUUUUAGACUCCGUCUAAAAAAAAAAAAGACUUGUAUUUAAUAUGAUUUAAUCGACUGUGCCCAUCUCACUGCGGACACUGACUGCGCAACCUGAGCCUGGAGCAGUUGAGGGAGACGGCAAGACCCCACGCGCCGUUUAACGACCAUAACACGCGUGCACUACAACCUCGCCGCCGGCGUCCAGGCUUCUGUUUUCUAUAGCGUGGGAGUAGAGAGCAAACGCCGGCGAGGACGUGACGUUGCACAGGCCUAUCACAGUGCCCGAGAAUUCGUGGGUGCUCAAGAGGAUGGGUGUGGCCUGGCAGCGCAGGCGCACUAGAGGCCUGUAGGGUCGGGGCGCCUGCGCAGUCGCUCUUCCUCAGGCGGCGGCCAUGGCGGGACAGGAGGAUCCGGUGCAGCGGGAGAUUCACCAGGACUGGGCUAACCGGGAGUACAUUGAGAUAAUCACCAGCAGCAUCAAGAAAAUCGCAGACUUUCUCAACUCGUUCGAUAUGUCUUGUCGUUCAAGACUUGCAACACUAAACGAGAAAUUGACAGCCCUUGAACGGAGAAUAGAGUACAUUGAAGCUCGGGUGACAAAAGGUGAGACACUCACCUAGAACAGUGCCGUGCUGCUGCUGGGAAGUUGCUUUACACAACACAGGCCACAUGGGAAAGGCCCCAGCAGCCUUCAGCUCCUUCCUUUCUCCUUAAAGAGCAACAGGGCUUAUUCUUGUUUUUCUUUUUUCAAAAGUGUGGCCUUUGGGCUCUGCCAUCUGGGGUGUGGUGUGGUAUGUGGGAAGAAGUUCAGAGGAACCGUUGGAAACGACGUUAGGCAUUUUACCUUUUCAGUAACAUUUUAUACAUCUACUUGUCGAUGUAUUUGAGACAUUCAUAGCCAAAAGCCUGGGACUCUUUGUGAAGGUCCUCCUCACCUCUGUCUUUCUCUCUCUCUCUCUCAAACUUUCCUUAAAGUUCUCAUCGCGUUUGCACUGCUUCUGUGAACAGUCUUUGUCUCCUCCCCACCUUUGGUGGGAAGUGCAGGGCAGUCCUGGUCAAGACACUCAUGCCCUGGCAAUGUGGCUGCCAGAGAAUGUUGUUGCCAACCCACCAGUUUCUUGUUGAUUUGGAGAGGUCAAGGCCAGGCCCCCACUUGGCUUGAAGGGACAUUUUCAGACUUUUCUUUCUGUCACUUGGAGUGUCUAUGCCUCUCAUAUUUCCCUAAUAAACUCCUCAACUUUU